UAUGAAGGGAAUCGUUCGACAUAGAGACCAAGGAUUAAUAUACCGUUUGGAUUGGAAUUCUGAUAAACAAGCAAUUGGUCCUAAUUCUGCAAAGUUGACCAGCUAUAUUGGUACACUUGUUCGUAUGCAUAUUCCGGUCUCCACAGCUAAAUAGAAUCUGAAAAGCGAAGAGUUGGAUGCGAAAAAAAAGCGAUUUGGGACGAGCUUCAGAGGACUUUUGAGAUACCAGAUGAUCGUAAACGCUACAUACUUAGUUUGGCCGGCAAAAGAUAUAGAGGGUGGAAAGCCUUUUUGACAAACACCUAUCUUAAGGAUAAAGAUGGAAACUUUCUUGAAGAGGCACCGGGACGGCCAAAAAAGUAUGAGAUCUUCAUUGGUGAAAAAGAUUGGGCUGAGUUUGUAAAUCAAAGAGAUGAAGAUUUUCGGAAAAGGAGUGCCACGAAUAGUGCGAGAGCAUCCAAACCCGCGUAUCCAUACAAAAAAGGGCGUAUGGGAUAUGCACGCUUAGAGGAUAAACUUUUAGAGGAGUCUAAAAGUGAGGAAACCUCACUUCCUGUACAUGUGUUGUGGAGGGAAGCUCGUGUGGGCAAGAGUCAAGCUGUCGAUCCCGAAGUUCAGAGAGUUUUUACUCAAUGUGAGACCUUGUCGCAAUCGGCAUCCACCGGUGAGGGGAGCGUACUUAGUAGAGCACUAGAUGCUCCUGAGUAUCCCGGUCGGGUGAGGGGUAAGGGUCAUGGUGUGAAUCCAACCUCUUUUUAUAAGAGUCCUAGGAGAAGAAAUCCUUCAAAUGAAGAAGUGUUGCAAAAGUUGGCGGAAUUGCAAGCACAAGUCUCUGAAUUGCAAAGAGAUAAAGAAGCGUAUAUGAGAGAAAAGUGUAACAUUUCAUCGGUGAAAGAAACUAGUGAUAAGGCUAGUAUCAACUAUCAAAGGAAAUUUCCCGAGGGCAUUUCAUUUUGCCAACUAUACUUAUCGGAACCGAAUUAUCGACUAGUUGGCAAGGGAAAAGUGCACAACACUUUGGGAGAUUUACUUCACCAUAGACCGCUCCCGGAUGGACACCUGAAAGUAUCGGUGGAUGUUGUAGUAGAUCAUGAUGCGAUGCUACCGGACCUGACAUGGUCUCAGAGACGACAUUGCUGCGAGAUGCAAUAGGAUCAUUUGUUGCAUGGCCCUCGGAGCUCAUUACCAUUAGUGAUGAGACUGCUCCUAUAAAACCCACAGUUAAGGGUAAAGGGAUUUUACAGGAGGAGGAGUCCGUUGCAUCACUAAAAGAGGCAUCCGCUCGGGAGUCACAACAAGUGACGCAGCAAGUUCGUACCGUACCACCCACUGGUCCUCCGAAGCCAGCGGGAAAAAAAGGCGGUGCUUUUGUGCCUCGGUACCGGUCGACGCUCGCAACAAUGGUUGAUAUGUCCGAUUUGAAGGAUGGUGCUUUACGUGAAAUCGUUAUGGAUGAAAGUGUCUUUGGUAUUGAAUUCAAGUCACUUAUUACAAUUGAUGACUUGGAGGAGAUUUUUAAGCAUGAUCAACUAGGCGUCACUAACAUGCACUCAUACAUCCGGUUGUUGUAUGACAGAGUGUUGCGCGGGACUCCGUUGUCUAACAGAUUCCGUUUCGUGUCUUCCGCCCACUGCAGCGGAAUGGCAAUUGCUUCGGAACCGGAAUCAGUUAGACAGCGCUUAGUAGAUAGAUUCAUGUCCACCGGCAAUACAGAAAGUCUGCAUCUUUGGGCGUAUAAUACCCGACCAGUAGGAGCACACUGGUUGCUGCUUGCUAUCAACCCUAUAAGGGAAGUCGUGUAUUAUCUGAAUUCGGUAAAUGGUGAAUGGACCAAUUAUCAGGCCAUGAAGGACAUCGUUGAUUUAUCAAUACAAGUGUUCCGAAGUCAACGGGACGCACAGGUAUCCCGAACUAAAUCUAACAACAUUACUUGGAUCCAAGUGCAGUGUCCGCAACAGCGAAACAGUUACGAUUGCGGAUACUUUGUUUUGAGGUAUAUGAAAGAAAUCCUUCAGGCGAAUCAAUUAGAGAUUCCGCUCACGUACCUUGACGAAUUCCGUGCUACUGCGUACCCGAAGCUUAAGUUGGAAGAAAUCAAAGAAGAUUUGUGUCAAUUUUAUAUUCAGCGCUUUUUCAUGUAGGAUUUGUGUCGAUUUGAACUAUAAUAUUAUUGAUGUUGUAAUGAUGUAUAUAUAUA